AUGAGUGCUUUCGACAAGGCCGUCAACGACUCUAAGAAGCUCACCUCCAAGCCCAACAACGACGAGCUUCUCGAGCUCUACGCUCUCUACAAGGUCGCUUCCGGAGAUGACAUUUCCAAGGCCCCUGCCCCCGGCAUGUUUGACAUCAAGGGCAAGGCCAAGAAGUCCGCCUGGCAAAAGGUGGUGGACGAGGGAAUCACUGCCGACCAGGCCAAGGAGCGCUACGUCGCUCUGGUCGAGAAGCUCAAGGAAUCACAUUGUACAUGA